UACCGGUGGAGAGACGCAGUUAGCAAGGAAAAUAUCAGAGAAAGGGGCUGUGUUCAAGCAGGUGGGGGUUUCGCUAUAGAUUCAAAACUGUGCAUUUCCUUCGAUUUUCAUCAAAACGCACGGUAAAUGAAGACUCAAGGCUGAUCUUUGGAAAAGCAGCGCGAGGGAAGGCAACUAAUUCUCUAACCGUGGCUGUUGAAGUAGUAUAAGUUGCCUCCCAAGCGACGCUUUAAAGGAAGAGGGAUCCCGAUCAGACCACAACAACAGUGAAAAUGGACUAUGAUUUCAAACUGAAGCUGACAGGGGAACGAGAACGCGUAGAGGACCUGUUUGAAUACGAAGGAUGCAAAGUUGGUCGAGGGACAUACGGUCAUGUGUACAAAGCGAAAAGAAAAGAUGGGAAGGACGAUAAAGACUAUGCCCUGAAGCAGAUCGAGGGCACGGGCAUCUCCAUGUCUGCCUGCAGAGAGAUUGCACUGUUGAGAGAGCUGAAGCACCCCAACGUGAUCUCGCUGCAGAAAGUGUUUCUGUCGCACGCAGACCGCAAAGUCUGGCUGCUCUUCGACUACGCAGAGCAUGACCUCUGGCACAUCAUCAAGUUCCACCGGGCCUCCAAGGCCAAUAAGAAGCCCCUGCAGCUCCCGCGGGGGAUGGUCAAGUCCCUCCUCUACCAGAUCCUGGACGGCAUCCAUUACCUACACACCAACUGGGUGCUGCACAGAGACCUGAAGCCGGCCAACAUCCUGGUGAUGGGGGAGGGGCCAGAGCGGGGACGCGUGAAAAUUGCGGAUAUGGGCUUUGCGCGGCUCUUCAACUCGCCCCUGAAGCCUCUGGCGGAUCUGGACCCGGUGGUGGUCACGUUCUGGUACCGGGCACCAGAACUGCUGCUGGGAGCCAGACAUUACACCAAAGCCAUCGAUAUUUGGGCGAUCGGCUGUAUCUUUGCGGAGCUGCUGACGUCGGAGCCCAUAUUCCACUGUCGCCAGGAGGACAUCAAGACCAGUAACCCGUACCACCACGACCAGCUGGACCGCAUCUUCAACGUCAUGGGCUUCCCCGCAGAUAAAGAUUGGGAGGACAUUAAGAAGAUGCCGGAACACUCCACACUCAUGAAAGACUUCAGAAGGAACACGUACACUAACUGCAGCCUUAUAAAGUACAUGGAGAAGCACAAAGUCAAACCUGACAGCAAAGCAUUCCACUUGCUGCAGAAGUUGUUGACGAUGGACCCCAUCCGCAGGAUAACAUCAGAGCAGGCCAUGCAGGACCUCUACUUCCUGGAGGAACCGCUGCCCACCUCCGAUGUGUUUGCCGGAUGUCAAAUACCUUACCCCAAGAGGGAGUUCCUGAAUGAGGACGAGCCCGAAGACAAGGCAGACAAAAAAAUGCAGAAGAACCAGCAGCAACAGCAGGGGACCAACCACACCAACGGGGCGGGGCAUACCGGUAACCAGGACAACAGCCACGCCCAGGGCCCGCCCCUCAAGAAGGUGCGCGUGGUCCCGCCCACCACUACCUCAGGUGGACUCAUCAUGACCUCAGACUACCAGCGCUCCAAUCCACAUGCUGCCUACCAGACCCAGAACCCCGGACCAAGCGCAGCACUGCCCCAAAGCAGCAUGGGAUACUCCUCUACCUCCCAGCAGCCCCCUCAGUACUCACACCAGACACACCGCUACUGAGAUACCGGACCGCACCAGACCCACCGCUACUGAGGAGCGCACCCCACGGCACCAGACCCACCGCUACUGAGGAGCGCACCGCACCGGACCGAACCGGACCCCACGGCACCAGACACACCGCU